CAAUGACACCCUAUCUGUUCCACAGGUCAGUCACAGCAAUGACACCCUAUCCGUUACACAGGUCUGUUACAUCAAUGACACCCUAUCUGUUACAUGGACCUUUUUCAGCAAUGACACCCUAUCUGUUACAAAGGAAUGUUACAGCAAUGACACCCUAUCUGUUACAAAGGAAUGUUACAGCAAUGACACCCUUUCUGUUUCAUAGACCUGUUACAGCAAUGGCACCCAAUCUGUUACAUAGGUCUGUUACAGAAAUGACACCCUAUCUGUUACAAAGUUAUGUUACACCAAUUAAACCCUAUCUGUUACAAAGGUAUGUUACACCAAUUACACCCUAUCUGUUACAAAGGUAUGUUACACCAAUGACACCCUAUCUGUUACAAAGGUAUGUUACAGCAAUGACACCCUAUCUUUUACAAAGGUAUGUUACAGCAAUGACACCCUAUCUGUUACAAAGGUAUGUUACAUAAAUGACACCCUAUCUGUUACAAACGUAUGUUACAGCAUUGACACCUUAUCUGUUCCACACGUCUGUAACUGCAAUGACACCCUAUCUGUUACAUAGGCCUGUUACAGCAAUAACACCCUAUCUGUUACACAGGCCUGUUACAACAAUGACAACCUAUCUGUUACAUAGGUCUGUUACAGCAAUGACACCCUAUAUGUUAAUAGGUCUGUUACACCAAUGACACCCUAUCUGUUACAAAGGUAUGUUACAGCAGUGACACACUAUCUGUUACAUAAGUCUGUUACAGCAAUGACAACCUAUCUGUUACAAAGGUAUGUUACAGAAAUGACACCCUAUCUGUUGCACAGGCCUUUACAACAAUGACAACCUAUCUGUUACAUAGGUGUGUUACAGCAAUGACACCCAAUCUGUUACAUAGGUAUGUUACAGCAAUGACACCCUAUCUGUUACAAAGGAAUGUUACAGCAAUGACACCCUAUCUGUUACAUAUACCUGUUACAGCAAUGGCACCCAAUCUGUUACAUAGGUCUGUUACAGAAAUGACACCCUAUCUGUUACAAAGUUAUGUUACACCAAUUAAACCCUAUCUGUUACAAAGGUAUGUUACACCAAUGACACCCUAUCUGUUACAAUGGUAUGUUACAGCAAUGACACCCUAUCUGUUACACAGGCCUGUUACAACAAUGACACCCUAUCUGUUACAUUGGCAUGUUAGAGCAAUGACACCCUAUCUGUUACACAGGUCUGUUACAGCAAUGACACCCUAUCUGUUACACAGGACUGUUGCAGAAAUAACACCCUAUCUGUUACACAGGCAUGUUACAACAAUGACACCCUAUCUUUUACAUAAGCCUAUUAAAGCAAUGACACCCUAUCUGUUACAUGGUUAUGUUACAGCAAUGACACCCUAUCUGUUCCACAGAUCUGUUACAUUAUGACACCAUAUCUGUUACAAAGGUCUGUUACAGCAAUGACACCCUAUCUGUUCCACAGGUCAGUCACAGCAAUGACACCCUAUCCGUUACACAGGUCUGUUACAGCAAUGACACCCUAUCUGUUACAUGGGGCUGUUGCAGCUAUGACAAACUAUCUGUUACAUAGAUAUGUUACAUCAAUGACACCCUAUCUGUUACAUGGACCUUUUUCAGCAAUGACACCCUAUCUGUUACAAAGGUAUGUUACAGCAAUGACACCCUAUCUGUUACAAAGGAAUGUUACAGCAAUGACACCCUUUCUGUUUCAUAGACCUGUUACAGCAAUGGCACCCAAUCUGUUACAUAGGUCUGUUACAGAAAUGACACCCUAUCUGUUACAAAGUUAUGUUACACCAAUUAAACCCUAUCUGUUACAAAGGUAUGUUACACCAAUUACACCCUAUCUGUUACAAAGGUAUGUUACACCAAUGACAUCCUAUCUGUUACAAAGGUAUGUUACAGCAAUGACACCCUAUCUUUUACAAAGGUAUGUUACAGCAAUGACACCCUAUCUGUUACAAAGGUAUGUUAGAGCAAUGACACCCUAUCUUUUACAUAGGUCUGUUACAGAAAUGAAACUCUAUCUGUUCCACAGGUCUGUCACUGCAAUGACACCCUAUCUGUUACAUAGGCCUAUUACAGCAAUAACACCCUAUCUGUUACACAGGCCUGUUACAACAAUGACAACCUAUCUGUUACAUAGGUGUGUUACAGCAAUGACACCCUAUCUGUUACAUAUGUCUGUUACAGCAAUGACACCCUAUCUGUUACAAAGGUAUGUUACACCAAUUACACCCUAUCUGUUACAAAGGCAUGUUACAGAAAUGACACCCUAUCUGUUACAAAGGUAUGUUACAGAAAUGACACCCUAUCUGUUACAAAGGUAUUUUACAGAAAUGACACCCUAUCUGUUACAAAGGUAUGUUACAGCAAUGACACCCUAUCUGUUACACAGGCCUGUUACAACAAUGACAACCUAUCUGUUACAU